UUGGCACGGCUUAUCAAAACUUCCCUCAGCAAUUCAGUCGGCCAAGCUCGGAUCCGAUGCAGGAGAAAUAGUGCAGCUUUGCAGCAUGUACAAACCGUAUUUCUGAUCUAGACAGUUCUUUUUUCUUCUCAGCGCUCGACCUCUAGUCGACCGUUUCUUCUUUCGUUGUCGCAGGCAAGCCUGGUUUUAUGCCAUGCUCGUGCUGCCCUGUGUAAUUGUACAUAGUUUGAGGUGGGCUUGGGUUUGAGCUGUGAGGGGACGCUGCCGAUGUUGUACUUGUUGUUCAUUGUCUGAGGUGAGCUUGGUUUCGGGCAGUCAAGAGACACUACGGGGGCAUCCUUUGCGCUUGCAACAAGAUGGCGUCGAUGCAAGUGAAGUCUAGUUGCCUAGCUGUCUGCUGGCUUGCAGUGCUAGCUGCUGCUUCUCUGCCCUCGGUGCAAUCGAGCUACUCGCACAACUGCACCGAGGACGAGUGGUACGAUAUACGCGACUUUGGCUCCGAGGAGCUGGACAUCUACGUGCACGGCGUGGAGAGUGCACUAGGCAACCAGUCGGCGGCGGUGGCGGUGCCGAAGCCGCGUUCUGCCCGCGCUGUGCUGAACGGCACGGACAUUGAUGACGACGGGGAGUAUCCCGAGGACAGGUUGCCCGAGUGCGGUCUCUCGCGGCGCUCGGCGUGCAAGAGCCUCGGCGCGGCGUUCCACCAGGUGCCCAAGUACUGCGUGCCCAAGCUGACCACUCCGUUCCCGUGGGGCGUGCCGCGCACAAUCGCCAAGUGCGAAAACGGCUGCAUAACCCGGGUGAUACUGAUGGCACGGAAGCCGAGCUGCGAGGUGGUGGUGGGCGGCACGAACCUGACCAUUCGCAACAGUCGCGAGCUGAUGCUGCACUUUGUCAAGGACAACGAGUCGGAUUGUGAGUACGCGACACUGGUGUUCGAUGACGCCUUCACGCAGAGCUGGGUGGACGAGAACGAGGACAACCUCACGUUGCACGCCAGUCUGGAGAUCAGAAAUUCCAGCAACAUAGCCUUCAAGCAUGUCAGAGUCUUGCCGGCCCGCAAUCGAACUGCCUUGGCUGUGAUCGAUAGCGUUCGGGUCACGUUCGAGGACGUCAUCUUCGAGUCGGACAACCGCCAGCACUCCCUGGAGAUCUUGAGCUCCAUCGACGUCCACAUCUACAACGUCACGUUUCGCAAUUUCACCCGCGAAACGUCGGGCGGGAUGACUAACGAUACGGCUGCGUCGCACGGACAAGCUCCAACAGGUGGAGCGCCGUUGGACGAUCCGCCCACCGAAAAGUCCAAAAGCGCACUGUACAUAUCACACAAUAAUUCCAUGCUAUUGAGCGACACUGAUAUCUGGAUGGCUGUCAGUGGGUUUCGCUACGUUUGCGAAGAAAUCGAAAAAGCCAUCAUCAGCAAGUGCGAGGAGCAGAGGAGAGAAGAGUUCACGAAUGGCCGUCCCUCUAUUUUCCUUCUGAACGUAACCUUCUGGGGACUCCAGGCCAGGCGCGUCUCACUUGAACAGGGCUCGGGCCAGCAGCAAGCGGCCACCGAGAUGUUAUGGCAGCAGACGGGCACGGCGGUGGAGGCUCACUUCCUGGACCGGACCAAGACGGCCUAUGUGUUGUUCAAGAACUGUGUGGUGCAGCACGUGUCCCUGGAGGCCGGGGUGUUGCACACGUCGCCGGUGUUCGUGCGUUACGCAACCGAUAAACCACCACCGGCAAACCUGCACGGGCGCGUGCAGAGCGCCGUCUUCUCCAGCGAGCUCAACAGCGUGGAGUUUGAGAACUGCGAGUUCACCGACAACGCGGGCUACCUGGGCGGCGUGCUCCACGUCAGCGUCGAGGGCAACCGCCGGCUGACCGUCUUCAACAGCCUGGCCGUGAGCAACUCGCGACUCCUGCGCAAUCGUGCCGUGCUGGAGGGCGCGGCGAUAUUCGUUCACAUGACCGGAAUCCUGCAGGCAUCCAACAUUGUUGUUAUCAGCCGCUGCCGGUUGGAGGACAACAUUGCCGGCUCUCACGACAAGCCUACGGCCGGCGGGGCUCUGUAUCUGAUGUCUGACAGCCGUGCCGACAAGCAGCUCAACCUUAAGUACCGCCUGGGGCGCUGGUUUCCCGGCACGUACGCGCCGGUGAGCGGGCGCUGCGAUCCGCGCGCCCGCUCCUAUCGCCCCGCCGAGAUCAACCACGUGCGCUACAGCGUGACGCUGGACAACUGCGAGUUCAUCAACAACGUGGGCCUGGGCGCCGUGCACAGCCGCGUGGCCCAGGUCUCCUUUGAAGGCAAUACUACGUUUCUCGGCAAUCGUGGCAGCGCUCUCGUUGCGAUGAACUCGAACAUUACCAUCUCGGGCCGCCUCAAAAUGGCGAACAACUCCGGGCAGAUUGGAGCGGCGAUGCAUGUGGCUGAGUUUGGCUCUAUAAGGAUGACUGGGGUGGACGUCGAUCAUUUCAUCGUCGAGAACAACUCUGCUACAGCAAAAGGCGGUGCCUUCAUCGCGGACAUCGUCUCCUCUACCCAGUCGAAUGACGAGAGGCUGUUACACCUGGGAAGAAGUCGGCAGCUGUCCCAAUGUCCUCUCCAGUUCCCCAAGAACCUUUCGUACGGCAUCGUGGAGCGACUGCUGCUGACAAACAAGGUGAAGGCCCUCGACCAGUCCGGCUUCUACGUUGGCAGCUGGCAGAAGUGCUUUGGCAUUCUGUCCAUCAUCGACCAUCCCGCCAGCAGCACAAACAAUCAUACACUGGACUUCUGCACGCCAUUCAAUAUCUUCGACGGAUGGACACUGCCCUGUCAGGGCGAAGACACGGACACGGGUGAACUGGAUCAGCAAAUGAACAUCACCAGGAAACUGAACACCGGGCAGAUCAACUGCUCCGACUUCACCAAGGUCGUCCAGGCCUGGCUGAAGUCCGUACGCGCUCUGGAUCUGCACGCAGUGCUCACGGAGCUGGGCGUCGGCGACGAUCAGGGUCUGAACAGGACAUCCCAGUGCCCUCGCCGCAUUAGCAAGCCUCCCGACUCGGCCGUCCUGCGCAGCGCGUUCCAGCGUCCGCUGUCGGCAUUCGUCAGCCGAGACCAAGCGCCCAUCUGCAAGUCCAAGUUCUCGGACUCCAUUGUUCUGAACGAGCUGGAUCUGUACAAGACCAAAUUCUCUACGGACGCCGCCUGGCUGUUCUUCAACUCGACGACAACAAGCUGCUACAAGCGCAUCGGGAACAAGGUCUGGUACUUUCGUGGAGAUUGCCAGCGUACACAGAUCUACCAAUUUGCUCAAAGCUACAAUGAGUCGAGAAACAGCCUGCAGUUGCUGAGCAGCACGGACUUCUCCUUGGUGGGCCUGGCGGUCAAGCACUACCGGUUCCGCGCCAGCUCUGUUCCCGUCUUGCCAGGUCCUCGCCUAACGCUGACACCGUGGAGCGAUGCCCUGCAGAACUCCGAAGACGCGUUCGACCUGCACAUGGAAGACACGGACGAAGACGUGCCCAACGACAAAUGCGCGGAAGAGAAAGCUAGCCUGACGCGUAUCUUGCUGCAGAGCUAUUCCGAUCUGAUCCUGCAUCCCGCCCCCGGCGAAGUGUUCGACCUGGACAUCAUCGUCACCGACGAGCUGCUCAACGUCCGCAGUGCCACACUCAGCAUUAAGGUGAAGUCUAAGAACGGAGAUGUUCUUCUGGGACACGACGACCACCAGUACAGCCCGGACGAGUUUGUCCUGUUCUCCACGGGCCAGACCAACUGGGCACUGUCGCUGCUUGGCCUUCCAGGUUCUGAAGGUUACCUGACUAUCAAGGCCGAAGGUGAUUACAACCAGCGGCCGUCGGCUGACGAGCAGCUCGAACUGAGAAUCCCGUUCCGCCUGCGUAACUGCCACUUCGGCUUCGACCAGCCGAUCAUUCGUGAUUUAGACCAGGCACAGCGCUACGUGGACGAUCUGACCCGCUGUCGUAAGGACAAGACGCUGGCAAACUGCUCUCAGCUCAGCUCGGGUAGCACACAGCUGUCGCGGCUGACCUGUCGCUGCCCGCGCGACCGUCAGGGGGUCAAGGACUGCGAGCUGGGACGACGCAUCAACAUCCGCAGCGACUACUGGGCGGGCUUCUGGGAAAACAAGUUACAAACGGAAGUCUGGCAGCGCAAGCACAUCUCCGAGUAUCGCACCGGCGAGUUUCGACAGCAGGACCGAGACCCGUUCGGUCGCUACGACAACGAUUUCAAAAUCGCCCCGUGCAACGGCCUGUGCUCGGACCACGGGCGCAACACCUCGUGGCCGCUGGACGAGGUCAGUCCGUGCAACACCGACAUGGGCCGCGUGGGACCGCUGUGCGGAAUGUGCAAGGACAACACGUAUGUGCUUGUGUCCUCCGAGUGGUGUAAGCCGUGUGACCAGCGUCUGUACGGUGGCAUUGGCCUGUACGUGAUCAUCGUCAUCAUGGUCACAGCGCUGGUCUUCUUCGUUCUCGUCUACCUGGAGGUGCGAGUCACCGCCACACUCGACUCAUGGCUAUUCUUCAUGCAGGCGGUGUUUUGCCUCUACCCGGAUAAUUUGAUCGUGGGCGCCAUCUCCUACAACAGCCUCACCUACGGCCUUGGGCAGCUAUGCCUGUCCAAGCAACUGCAGCGCAUCGAGGCUAAGAUGCUGCUCGUCAUCCAGCCGGGCGUUCUGUUCACCAUGCUGGGCACGUUCAAGCUGCUCGAGCAGACCGCCGUCGGAAUUCGCAUGAUGGACUGGCUCAGCAAAGGGCGCGAGAGCGAGCGCAUGCUGCCACGCGUCCUCUGGCUGUGCGUCCUGUACAGCAGCAGCUCGCUUGCGUACGUAGCCUUGACCAUGCUGACGUGCGUGAACCUGGACAACCACGGCCUUAAGGUGCUGUUCGUGGACGGCUCGGUGGAGUGCUUCAACAGCGUCCAUCAGCCGUACGCCGUCUUCUCCAUUCUCAUCCUCAUGCUGCUCAUUCUGCCGCCGCUGGUCAUUCUGGUCGUGGCGCCCAACUGGUCCAGGUCCAAGCGUGGCGGCACGUUUGUCAACUCCUUCAUCGACAUUGCCAAGUCGAUCUACCGCCGCCGCUACCACACCUGGCCGGCCAUCAGUCUCGGCCGGCGGCUGAUGUUCGCCGUCUUCCUGACGGUGAUCACGGACGGGCCGUCGCGCCGCCUCGCCAUGACGAUACACGCCCUGGUGCUGCUGGCCCUGCACGCCGUGUUCAAGCCGUACAAGAAGGAGGCCAAGCGUCGCCUCUUCUUCUUCUCCGACAUCAACAACACGUUCGAGGCGUUCAUCCUGCUCGACCUGAGCAUUCUGGGUGUGCUGCGACUGGUCGUGUCCGACUUUGGCAUCGACGAUCCGCGCCAGUUUGCUCAGACUGCCGUCUAUCCGCUGUACGCCGCACCAACAGUCAUCAUUCUUGCCCUGCUCGCCGAGAAGCUCAUCUUGCGCUUGCGUGCCCGCAGCAAAAGCCAGGCAUCGCCCGGUUCCAGCGGGGACUCGGCGUACGGUGACAGUCCCGAGGAGCAGGGCAAGCAUCAUCUCCUGCAGCAUAUGGCCGGGCGCCACGUGGACGAGGACAGUAACGAGGAGAGCGACGACGGACAGGAUGACGCGGACACGCCGGAGAGUCCCGGCGAACACGUGCCCAUUGCCGGAAAUGCUGGUCGAGGACCCAUCAAUCGCAUUCACGGCAUUGCAACACCACUUCUCAUGGAGAUCCAGGACAUCAGUGACCAAUGAUAAAAUACUGUUUUUAAAGGAAAAGGACAGAGAAACUACAAGUUACACUAUAAUGUCCACUAACACCACCAGUCCUUUUUCUUUACUAUAAAUUUAUCCUUGGCUCUCCAUCUGAGUCCAUACAUUUUGCAUCUUUGCUUCUUAUACAUGGCAGCACAUCUCAUAAAGAUUGAUUUAGCAUCUUUGCAUGGCAGCACCGUAUCAUGGAGGUACAGUCAGACCUCGCCUUUUAAACCGCACACACCCGUUUUACACAAAAGUACCAUAAUAGGCGAGGGAACUGGAUAAUCGAACACCGGUUUUGUUGGAUGCAUCACGUAUGUUGUACAUCUGUAACCAGCUAUUUUCUUCCGGAUGGCGAGGGAUCCGGAUAAAAGAGGACCGGAUAAGCGAGAGGUCUGUGACCAUCCGUGUGUACUAUUUGCGCCUAAGUGAAGCACAUUAUCAGCACAAUAUGCUUUCCCGGCACGUUACUCCCUGCACGAUAUGAGCAGUUCUAGCAAUUAGCCUAGAGUCCUUCGAUAUUUCAAACUGAACAUUAGUUGUAUCACAUGUUUCUACUUGACUAAUGUGACUUAGCUUAUCACAUAAAGGAAGGAAUGAUCAUGCGUAAGAAGAAUCACAUAAAUAGAGUAGGAAUGAAAGGUCAAGGGUGAAACGUUUCAAUAUCGAUUUCAAUCUCAACCACAAGAAUUUCACGUGAAUAUCUCAAAGUUUUCAAUCCCACUAUUUAGCCUAUUAUUGAUUAUGCUAAGAUUCAAAGCAAAAUGGUUAUAAUACAAUUUUCUGCAGUUCUCUACGACGAUUUCUUGAUCAGUGAUUUGAACUUUGAUAACCUGCCGCUAGAUGAGCGCUUUGGUGGUAGCGAUGUGG